AUGUCCUUGUCUGUCUUUUUAGCCGAUGAUACCACUGGUGGAUCAUCUUGGGCUGACGACGUUGCUGACCUUCCCUCUGCUCCUGCUGCCAGAGAAGAAAGAUCCGAUGCUUAUGCUUCUCGCGACCGUGGAGACCGUAACUAUGGCGGUGAUCGUCAAGAACGUGGUGGAUUUGAACGUAGAGAGCGUGGCGGUUUCGAUCGUCCUGAACGCAGUGAGCGUGGUGGUUUUGAGCGUAGAGAACGUGGUGGUUUCGAUCGUCCUGAGCGCGCUCCCCGUGCUCCUGCUGAGCUUCCUACCAGACCUCCCUUCACUGCUCAUGUUGCCAACUUGGCUUUUGAAUCUACUGAAGACGAUUUAGGUGAAUUGUUCAACAACUUGAAUAUUUCCAACAUUCGUCUUGUUCGUGACCGUGAAAGCGACAGAUCCAAGGGCUUUGGUUAUGUGGAAUUUGAUGAUUUAGAUUCACUUAAGGGUGCUUUGGAAUUGUCUGGUGAAAAUGUUCAUGGUCGUAGUAUUCGUGUCAACAUUGCCGAACCUCCCCGUGAAAACGAUCGCCCUCCUCGUGCUGCUGAUCGUACUGAUGUUGAUACAUGGCGUCGUACCGGCCCCAUUGAAUUGCCUGAAGCUCCUCGUCGUGAAUUCAGAGAUAGUGGCCGCGGCGGCUUUGGUGGUCGUGGUCGCGGCGAUUCUUGGGGUCGUAAUGGUGGUGGUUUCGGUAGCCGAGACCGUCCCUCUGAACGUCCUCGUCUCAACUUGAAGCCUCGUACUGUUGAUAGCCCUGCUGCAAAUGCUUCCAAAUCUGCAAGCAGCAAGCCUGAUCCUUUCGGUGGUGCCAAGCCUGUCGAUACCGAUAAGGCUUUGAAGAAAUUCGAAGGUGAUGAACCUAAAAAGGAAGCUUAA